AUGAGAAUAGCCAUGUCCUUCAGAUGCAGAAACUCCAAGAAGCAGGUCCUCUCCCUUGACCCCAGCCACGGAAGCCCAGCCCAAGCAAUUCGUCAGAGCAGCUCUCGAGGCUGGCGCUCAGAUGAGGCCCUUGGAACUUGUUCUUGUGGACACACUCGGAACAUCGUUCCUGCCCGCGGAAGCCUUCCCUUUGUUGCCGCUCUUCAGAAACUCCUGUCCCUGGAGGGCUGGAGCCCCCGCGAUGGAGGACUUGGCUCUGUCUCCAGAGCUCCCGAGCUGCAUGUCCCCCUUGGAAAGACAAUAGAGUCGUUCACCAGACAGGUAUUAUGGAAGCUGCUGAAGGUUGUGAAAUUCGGAGAAGUGAUUUCUUACCAGCAAUUAGCAGCCCUGGCAGGCAACCCCAAAGCCGCGCGAGCUGUGGGAGGAGCAAUGAGAAACAAUCCUGUCCCCAUCCUCAUCCCGUGCCACAGAGUGGUCUGCGGCAGCGGAGCCGUGGGCAACUACUCCGGAGGACUGGCCGUGAAGGAAUGGCUUCUGGUCCACAAAGGCCACCAGGCGGGGAAGCCAGGCUUGGGAGGGAGCUCAGGUCUGGCAGGGGCCUGGCUCAAGAGAGUGGGGGCUACCUCGGGCUCCCUGCCUGUUGGCCGAAACUGA